AUGCCGCGUCACUAUGGUUCGGUUUCCCGCCGUCUCCAGGUUUCCGGUUCUGCCUUGCGAGGUCGAGUAUCAUCGAAUGCAAACGUUCAUUUCACUGCUGACGAGCAGCAAGCUCAGCAGACGGCAGUCGUCGGAGGUCUCGCCCAGUACGUCAGCCAAUAUGAAGACGACAGUGACGAAGACAUCUCGCUGGCCCGAGUCAUUGCCAACAACGCUUCGCAACAAGGCAUCCAACCCAUCAAAGCUCUUUCUCCCAAAUCUCGCGCAAGAAAAUCGACUGAAGAAGAGAGGUUCGACAUGGCCGUCUACGUCUUCUUCGCGACGAAGAACAAGGAGCAAGAUAUGAACCAGCCGAGGUCAUGGCUGUCUUUUGCGCAGAUGAAGGAUUAUGAACACAGGAACAAGAACGGCUGGGCACGCAUAUACAAGAACUUCAAGACGGAGAUCGACAAUCUCGUUCGGAAGUGGCGCCUUCUUGAGUCUCUAGCGCGGGGUGCUAAACCUGGCGUAGAGGCAAGCACGGAUGAGAGCGUAGAAGCGGAGUAG